CUAUCGGCAACUGGUGAAGGCUUGUCUCGCCUGGCCGACUGCCUUGGAUAGUCUCUCUGCCCCAGCCGACAGCCCUAUGCCUUCUUUGGCUUCAUGUGACAGCCUCUGGUAUUGUCUCUCUGCUCGUCUCCCUUUGGUCUCUCUGUUUCAUGGGACAGCCUCUGGUCUCUCUAUUUGACCACUAGGUUCGGCCUUUGAACACUAGUCUUUCUAUCCCAGGUUUCUUGUUUUUUUAUUUUAUUUCGUCAAAAGGAAAAAAAAAAGAAAAAAAAGUAAAAGUCUAUGAGUUUUUAAUUCUUUUAUGCUUUCAUAGUGGUAGUCAUGUCUUUCCUUCUAUCACCACCUUUCGGAUUUGUGAUUGACUCUAGUUUUAUUGAGGGUUUAGUAACACAGUAUUCAUGGUAGAUUCCACCAGUGUGUCCACUACUUCUCAGAUACCUAGGCGUGAGAGUUCUAUUCUACUUAGUACUAUGACUGAUAAUCCCAACCCUAGUCUUAAAAUCACCACCUCUCCAUUUAAUUGUUAGAACUAUCUAGCGUUGUCGCAGAGUCUGACUAUUUUUUUGAAGAGCAGAGGGAAGAUAGAGUAUGUUGAUGGUAGGAUACAGACACCCAGCACCACUGACCCAAGUUAUGACCAAUGAGAAAUUACCAACUCUUUGACUAUGGGUUGGCUUACUCAUUCGAUGGUACCAGAAAUUGGUGAGGACUACUUGUCUAUGGAAACUACACAGGAUAUUUGGGAUACUGUGGCUGCCACCUAUUCUCGCAAAGAGAAUUUCUCACAGGCAUUUAAGUUGCGCCACUCUAUUGAAAGCUUUGUUCAGGGGGAGCAAACUGUUCUUCAGUACUUCACAUUCCUCACCAAUGGCUAGAAACGCCUUGAUUACCUGCAGGCCUAUAAGCCUGUUUGCACUGCUGAUUCAGUCGAGUACAAGAAGUUCAUUGUAUAGGAACGGGUCUUCAAGUUUCUGGCAGGUCUCAAUGUGGAGUAUGAUCCUGUUUAGAGUCAAGUUCUGGGUAUGGACACUCUUCCUUCACUUUAGGAGGCAUUCACCUAUGUACAUAAUGAGGAGAGUCAUUGGUCUGCCAUGAUGUCACCUGUCUCUACUGACCGCUCAGUAUUACUGUCUACCCCUCGAGAUGGACUCAGCUUGACUCCUAUCCCUCCGUCUGCCGCCAAGGAGUCUGUAUUCUAUGAUUACUAUCGCAAACUGCGGCAUACUCGUGAGACAUGUUGGAAGCUUCAUGGGACUCCAUCUGGGAGUCGAGGUGAUCAGUCUAGUUCAAGAAGAGGUCGGUCAGGCCAGUCUAGUGGACGUGGCUCUCAGUCACAGGCUCAUCAGUCUAGUGCUGUUGAUACACUUGAUUCUACUUCCGUUUCCGUUGGCCAGGCUUCUGAUAGUCUCUCUGACAUGACUACUCAUGAGCUUGAGGAUAUUCUACGUCACUUGCUGGACUGCUGGUCUUCUAAUGCUCUCAGUACAUCUUCUUCAGCGUUUGUCCACUCAGGACCUUGUCACGAGGAGGACGAUUGACAGUGGUAAUGCAGAAAAUGGUCUCUACUUCCUGGAUCAACUGGACAAACUUGCUCAUUCUUCCACCACGAGUCCUACCACUAAAGUAUGACUGUGGCAUCAGCGUCUUGGGCAUCCUUCUUUUUAUUUACUUUAGCAUUUAUUUCCAUUCGUUUUUGCAAACAAUAAUGUGCCUGAGUUUCUUUUUGAGUCUUGUCAACUUGGAAAACAACACAGAGCUUCUUUUGCUCCUAGUUUUAAUAAAAGUUUAAUUCCUUUUUCAUUAAUACAUUCUGAUGUAUACAUUCUAAUGUCUGGGGUCCAUCUCGUGUUAUAUCUGUGAAAGGUCAUUGAUGGUUUGUGUUAGAAGAUAUUUUAAUAUUAUAAUGUGCUAUAGGUUUGAUUUUUUUUUUUCAUUCCGUCUAAGUUUUCUUUUCUCUUUCCAAGUCUUUGCCUAAGUCAAGUCUUUUUCUUUGCCUCCAAUUAUCCUCCAAGGAACUUUCUCACCAAGUUUCCUCUCCUAUACUUAUCCUUCAAGCAACUUGUCCACCAAGCUUUCAUCUCCUAUAAAUUAAGCUAACCACUUAUCUUGGAAGAUAAAAGAAAUUUUUGUUGUUUUAUUAUGUUUGUGUAAGAUUAUCAGGCAAAGAAAUAAAGGGUGUA